AUGGAUACAACUGUUGAUGGUGUGGACAGGCAGGAUAAAGGGCGUAAGCACAAGAGGAAAUCAGCUCAUCCUUCUAGAGUUGCUAUUAAAAUGCCCUCAUCUCUGGUUGAGUUCCCUCGGUAUGCAUCACCAAUUUCGCAAAGCUCAAAUGAAUUUAAUUCAUCGGAGUUCGAGUCAGAUUGUCAUAGAGAAAAACUGGAAGUGCAUAUGCAUGAGAUUGUGGAUUGGAAUGAUCCUAUUGCAAGACAGCUUGAGGAGUUAUUGUUAUCUAAUCUGAAAGCAAUUUUUGAUGGUGUAAUCAAGCAUAUUGUUAAACUUGGCUAUAGUCAAGAUGUGGCUGAAAUGGCCAUUUCAAGGAAGGCUCUAUACACAGAGGAAGGAGACCCUAUCUCAAAUAUUCUACAUGAUACACUGAAUAUUUUGAACAGAAAAGAAAAAUAUAUUGGCACUACGGACAUUGAAUUUGAAAAUUUUCAGCACUUGCUACAUUACACCAUGGUGGAGAUGAUCAGUGUACUUCGUGAAGUUAAACCCUCCUUAACAGAUGGUGAUGCAAUGUGGGUUUUGCUGAUAUGUGACUUGAACAUUUCACUAGCCUGUGCAGCGGAGGAUUGUCUGGAUAAUGUUGCUUGUAAUGGGGAAAGCUCCACCAGUUCUUCCAUUCCCCAAUCAAUGUUAGAGGUUCAAAGCUCUGAUAUUAUUUCAAAUCAUAGUUCAUCAACUUUCCAGAAGGAAUCGUCCCCCAAUCACCAGAAUCACAAGUCUGAAGCACCUAAGUUUGGAAGUUUCCUGAAUUCAACCAACAAUCAAAGUCCUCUUGCUUCAGAAGGGGUAAAGCUUCAGGUAGAGAAUGCUUCAUUGCCAAUCACUGCAGGGAAAUCCUUAGGAAUUGCGGGAGUUCCUUCCCAAGAAUGUAAAUCAGGAUCUAGUUCUAAGAGGCAUAAUAAAAAAGAAAUAACAACACUUAGACAUAAGUUCCUUCACAUGGAGAAAACUUACAGGGCUUGUGGAAAAGGGGGUUUCAAAUCAGGGAAGCUUGCAAGCGUUGAUGGUUCGGUUGUUGAAAAAAGACUCAAGCCACAAUAUGAAAUUCCCAAUCAACAAAUGAAAUGCGGCUCCUCAAAUACGACAAGCACAAAAAUGAUUCGUUCAACAGAUGUAGCAUGCCAUGUUUCAACCAAUGGUGCAUCUGCUUUACCUGCACGAGGUAGCUAUGGAACAUCACCCACAAGGGAUGCAAUAUCUACUUCCCCCACAAUGAAUACAAAUAUUUCAACACCAGGCACUACAUCCAAACCAAAAUCUGAGCUAAGCUCUUGUGACACUCAAAAGGUUCUUGAUUAUUGUGUCGGUAUACCUUUUGAUCAGGCUUUGCAUACAUAUGUCCCACGAGAUAAGAAGGAUGAACUAGCUUUAAAGUUACUUCAUCGAUUGCAAGAAGUGCUGGAUGAGUCGCGAAUGUGGAACAACUGGGUAGAUAAGAAGAUUGCACAGGUUACCAAUAGGAUCAACAAGCUGCAGGAUGAGUUUAGAACUCUGAAAAAUGAGAAGCAAGAAGCUGAGCUAUUUAAAACAGAUAAGAAAGUUUUGGAGGAAAAUGCUGUGAAGAGGAUGUCUGAGAUGGAGAAUGCCAUGGAAAAUACUAAAAGGCAAAUUGAGAAUGCUACUUCUGCAGCGUUUACGCUACAGGAAGAAAACUCUUUGCUAAAGAAGGAGUUGGAUGCGGCAAAGUUGUGGGUUGUAAAGUCAAUGACAAGCCAUCAACAAGCACUGGAAAGAGAGCAUAUGAAUUUUAAACAAGCCCGGUCAUGGGAAAGCCAAAAGGGUUUAUUUCAAGAUGAGCUUGAAAAAGAGAAGCACAAAUUACCUAACUUGCAACAUGAGCUAGAUAAGGAGAAAAAUCUUCAAGCCAAGGUUCAGGGUAGAUUAGAACAAGAGAUAGUUGCAAAAGAAAAGAUACUAGCACAGGCUGCAUCCUUUAGAAAGGAAAGAGAACAACUUGAAGCACGCACAAAAUCUGAGGAGGAUAUGAUUAGAAAGAAGGAAGCAAAUGAUCUCCAAAAAUAUGUGGAAGAUAUUGCUAAGCUAGAGGAAGAGUUGGGUGAAUUAAAACUAAAUUCUGAGUCUGAAAAAAUAGCAGCAUUUCGUUGGUGUAUUGAUGAAGGAAAUGAUAGUUUCUCAAGAAACACUCCAACCGCGAAGGGAAAUUGGAAAUCCAAUGCGUCUCAAACAAUGGUGUUGGCAACUGGAAGUUUGAGGCGGGAGCAGGAGUGUGUCAUGUGCUUAGCAGAGGAGAUAUCAGUUGUUUUUCUACCUUGUGCACAUCAGGUUGUGUGUUCAGAAUGCAAUGAGCUCCAUGAGAAACAAGGAAUGGAGGACUGCCCUUCAUGUAGGACCCCAAUCCAACAUAGGAUUCAUGCUAAAUUUGCGGGGAAUUAG